AUGGAAGGAUCAAAUGGCCCUAGUGUUUAUCAACAAAUUGUUUCUUCCCCAAUCAAUAUUCACACCAAUUCAUCUGCCAUUCUUCCUAUUGUUGAACCUCAUCAGUUUCUAUCCAAGGUUCAUACAAACGGUGAUGCUUCAGUGGCCUCAGAUAAAAUUUACGAUGAAAUAGAUGAGUUGAAAUUCGAAAUCAAAACUCGAGCAGCAACAGCAGUUGUAGUAGCGAACACUAAACCUACGAAGUCAAGAAGAUCUUCUUUCUUAUCAAAACUCCUCAAUUUCCAUCGGAACCCACCACGUUCAAUCUCAAUGCCAAAUCACUGCCAAACCCUCGAGGAAUCUUCGCAGAAAAAUCCAGUUCCUCCCACUUCGCCAAAAACCAUUGACGAAAAUGAUGUGUUUAUGGAGGAUUACCAAAAUAACGACAGUCCUACAGCAUCACGUAUGGAUGGUCAAUUUCAUGCCAGACCUUACAAUUGGCCUCACGACGCUUCUUUGGAUAAAUCAACCACGGCGCUGGUCAUUAUUGACAUGCAGAAAGAUUUUGCCUCUGAUAAGGGAUAUUUAGCAAAGCAAGGCAUUGAUAAUCAGCCAAUCCUCGACAUUGUUCCCAAAGUUCGCAAACUACUCAAUGCCUGUCGAGCUAAUGGAUUCCCUAUUUACCAUACGCGCGAAGGCCACCGUCCCGAUCUAUCAACACUCUCCUCUCGUGAGAGAUUUCGCUCAAAGAACAACGCGUCUGGCCUUGGUAUCGGUGACAUGGGUCCCCUAGGACGUCUCUUGAUUCGAGGGGAGGAAGGUCAUGAGAUCAUUGAUGAAUUGGCUCCUCUAGAUGACGAGCAGGUUAUCGAUAAGCCUGGUCGGAGUGCGUUCCAACAUACAGAAUUUCGGCUCAUGCUCAACAUCAAAGGUAUCAAGAACUUAAUCAUCUGUGGUGUAACAACGGAUGUCUGUGUAACGAGCACAAUGAGGGAAGCGAACGACAAUAACUUUGAUUGCGUAUUGGUGGAAGACGCGUGUGCCGCUGGUGUCAAUGAAUACCAUAGAAGUGCCGUGGAGUCAAUUACCGAAGAAGGUGGAAUUUUUGGCGCUGUCACAACCAUGAAAAAUGUUUUGGAGAAGCUGGGAACGAUUAUGGACCGAAGAUGGAGUUUAGAUAUUAUAGACUCGAACAAAUCUUCUGAAUUGAUUGCUAGUCUGUUCGAAGACGAUUCCGAUACUUUUCAUCAAAACCCAACACGGGCGGAUCAAUUAGGGAUUGUAAAAGAAACUAUCUCCAGCAACGAUUGUUCAUCUGGAAGGAGACCUCUGGAAAGGAUCGAAAAUAAAGAAAUGGAAGUAACAAAUUUCAUUGACGACGGCACGUCUUGCCCACUCAAACUCACGCGAUCAUCGGGUCCGUCGCAGCCUAUCAUCACACGUUUGAAACGAGAACCUUCCUCUCGAGAUCAAAGGAGCACUAGAGGCCUGGCUUAUGUGAAUCAAAAGGAUGGAGGGACGCCUGUUGCGACCAAGUUUGGAAGCAACAAACUUAUUAGAAAUGUACCGUAUUUGAGUGAUACUGAGAAUGAAGGAGAUGGUAGGAAUUCCAAAGAAUUUAGACCUCAUAGAUUGGCUAUCGAUUUUACCAGCAGCAGUGACGACGAGGAAGAUGAAGACCUGCCUGGUGGCGUCGUAUUGGGAGGGGAAACACCCAGAAAGUUAAAGGUGCGAACACUUCCUAUCAGAUUGAGUCCUCGGAAAGUACCUGAACGAAAGGCUUUGAGGAGUAACGCUCCGAGUCCCAGCGCUGAUGUGCAUCCGAUAGUACCAAAAGCUAUUCCUUCAAGGUCCGCCGCUUCCACCACUCGGCGUGCUUUGAGAUCUUUAUCGGUCUCAGAGACACAAAAGACUGCUGCCUCGAAAGUUCAAGUUACAACUACGACGAGGAGGACCAGAAGUAGUAAUAAAGAGAAUCCUGAUAUUUCCACAGGAUCUGCGGGUAUAAAGAAUAUUAUAACUGCAAAUGUGGAAGGAAGCAAGGGAAAAAAGAUUUCGAAUGUUGAUGCUACGAAGAAGAAAUGGGGGUUCAAAACUGGGGUGUUGGGUUGGAAUUAG